AUUUAGUAGAUACGCCCUCUUUGCAUGACUGCCUCUUUCAAUCAAAAACAGGAGUUUUCCUAUGUUUUCUCUAGCUCAAUCCAUGAUCUUUUUUGCUUCUAUUGCUGCUAAAAAGUAGAUCGUGAUAAUGAUUUAGUGGGAAAGAAAAAAUGUGCAUCUAGGAGGAGUUUGUUGAGAAAAAGACAGUGAUAUAUAAAUUUAAGUACAGAAAAUUUGGUGGAUAAUGGAGCUUCCGGAACUCUCUUUGGCUCCAAUACAUGAUUCUGUCGUCAACAAGAGCGCCAACAAUUCAUCUUCAGAAUCUGAGAGCAGCCCUUCCCGGAAGAGGAAGUUUUUCAGUGAUCACCUGCUGAAGACUGAAAAAUCAAUUCACACAAGUGUUGAUCUUCAACUCAAAGACCCUCUGCCAUUGGACUGGGAGCAAUGCCUUGAUCUUGAGUCAGGUAGGAUGUAUUAUCUGAACAGAAAGACAUUGAGGAAGAGUUGCAACUGGCCAAAAGAUCAAAAGCUAGACCUUGAACUCCACAUCGCAACACACUCAAAUAAUUCAUGUCCCGAACAGUACAGCUCUGCUGAUACACUCGGUGACUCCAAGAAGAAUUGCAGCCCAAGCAGUAACAUGAUGGCUUUGCCUUGUUUGAAUUGUCAUCUUCUGGUCAUACUGUCCAAAUCCUUCCCAUCUUGCCCCAACUGCAAGUACGUCCAUUUGUUCCCGUCCCAGCAGAGCCCACCAUCCAGAGCCCCCGUGGUCAAGUCCCUCAACACUUUAAGCCUCUUGAACUGACUAUUAAUCAAGUUUUCCAGAAUACUGAAAAACAGUGCUAAGUUGGUUUCUCCUGUUGUGCUCCAAGUAGAAAGAAAAUGUAAAAUGUAUGGGAACCGUUUCCUAUAUUAAUAACUUGUUUGUCAUAGAAAUUAAGUCUCGCUCGCUUAAUCUUGGUUGGCGUUGGCGAGACAACUAUCUUCGAGAUCAUGAUCAAUGAUGCAUGCACACAGCUUGCUGAAUCCUCAUCACUCUGCAAUAUUCAAAGUUCGCGUUCUUGCUACACUUCUAUUUUUUCGAGCAGUUCUAGCUACAGUUGCAUCAGACAUAUGCCUGCACUGGAUGAACCCCGAAUGUUGCAAACCGAUGCGUUCCAAGUUUGUCCCUUUUUUUUUUUUUUUUUUUUCAAAUGAUCUGUGGAAUUUCUGUACGUACACAUUCAAAAAAAGUGAGAUAAGGUCUAAAACUAGCAGUGCUGCAGUACGAAUGAGUUUACGAUGAGUUUUCAGAUUUUCUCGGGAUCACCUUUUCAAGACAAAAUCCGUAUUCAGAAAUCUGGCAGAACGGGCUACGGAAAUGUGGCAGAAAGCAAGAUAUAUGCUUGUAUCAGGGUCGGUCUGUGUGAUUUGGGGAUUCAUGUAUGCAUCUGCUUCAACUAAUGCAAUAUUGCUGACAAUUUGGAUUUCAA